UCACAUAGACAAGGUUGUCUAAAUUCCUUGUAUUAAACCCAGAAACGAACCUAUGUUUAUUUUCUUAGAUGUUUCAUAAAAACGAUAUGCAUGGCUUACUAGGAUUGGAACGUGUAUAUAUAUAUAUAUAUAUCACCAUAACGCUCUCACAUUUAUUGCUAUCAGCUACUCCACGCCUCAACUCUAAAAAUAAACCGUUACACCACAUAUUCAUCAGUAACACAAGCUUUUUGUUCUCGUUUGGAGUUUCAUUUUCUCACUUUGAUCUUAUAAUAACACCCCAACAUUUUUGACACGCAUACCCUCUCUCCUUCAUAUGCUUGGUUCCUUAUUCUUUCUGUGGGAACACAAUGAUGACGAUGCAGUUGAUGUCUUCCGGAGUUGUGUUCUUGUUUGUGAUGGUUUUCUUGACGUGGGUUCAUGCGGUUUUAGCAGAAGGUGAAAAUGGCCAUGGUGGUAUUAGGAACUACAUUAGUUGGGAAGAUUUGCAGGUGGAUGAGCAAAGGUUAACUUUGAAGCGUCAUGAUGAUGUUAGAGUUAUUAUUGUUAACAAAUAUGGUUGGGGGCACUCCAAAACUGUUCAAGGUGCCGUGGAUAUGGUUCCUGAUAAUAACAAACAUAGGGUGAAAAUUUACAUUUAUCCAGGAGUUUACAGAGAGAAAGUGCGUGUGCCUGUGAGCAAGCCUUAUGUAUCAUUCAUAGGGAAAAGAAACCAAACAGCAACUCCUGUUAUUACUUGGAACAGUAAGUCAUCUGAUAAAGGCACAAAUGGCCAAGCAUUGGGCACCUUUGAUACAGCAACAGUUGGAGUGGACUCAGAUUAUUUCUGUGCAAGUGGGGUCACUUUUGAGAAUUCAGUGAUUGCAACGGCUGGUGUGAAAGGGAUGCAAGGAGUGGCACUGAGGGUGAACAGUGCAAGAGCCAUGUUCUAUCAAGUGAAGAUAAAGGGAGCACAGGACAGUCUCUUAGACAACACAGGAAGCCAUUACUUCUUAAAGUGCCACAUCCUAGGAAAAGUUGAUUUUAUCUUUGGCAAUGCAAAAUCACUGUAUGAGAAUUGCCUUCUUGAGUCAAUAGCAGACAACUUUGGAGCGAUAGCAGCACAUCAUAGGAAUUCAGCAACUGAAGACACAGGUUUUUCUUUUGUGGGGUGCAGUAUCAGAGGAAGUGGCAGAGUAUACCUUGGCAGAGCAUGGGGGAACUACUCUAGAAUUAUAUACUCCAAAUGUACUAUGGAUGACAUUAUUAUUCCUGAAGGGUGGUCAGAUUGGAAUCACUCAGAUAGAAAGAAGACUGCAGUGUUUGGGGAGUAUGAAUGCAAUGGAAAAGGAGCAGAUAGAAACAAAAGGACAGCUUGGUCAAAAUCAUUCAGCUAUGAUGAAGCAGUGCCUUUCCUUCAGAAGAGUUUCAUAGAUGGAGACCAGUGGCUAAGACUAUAACAUUCCGAUGCAUUAAAUAAUUUAUUAAGUUUUGCAGUUGUUAAUUAUCUUACAUAUCCCACAUAUUGAAUGCUUUUUAUGUGUAUGUGUGAUGUGUGAUUAGAGUACGUACAGGCUCCCAUAUGCUUAAUCUGUAUCAUAGUUAUAGAGAAUAUUGAUGUGCUCCUACCAUUGUUAAUACUUGAAGCAGCACUUGACAUGACAUGUUAUUUGGUCUUCUAUUGAAUGCACUAAAAUCAGAAGGGCAUUAUAUGAAAAUAAAAGGUUUGUGAAGAAGGAAAAAUAAAAAUGAUUGGUCGGUGGACCAUUUACUUUAAAUAAAUUAAAUAAUCUUUGUUAUUAUCUUGGAACGAGAUGUUCAGUUGAAUAAUAGAUCAGACCGAGAGAUUUACUCAUAUUUCGAAUAAUGAUAAUUUUAAAACAAUUAUUAUUAAUAUUAUUUAUCUCAAAAUAUUAAAAUAGACAUUUGACGUACAUAAAGAAUUAAAAAAAUUGAAAUCUUUGUUCAGCGAAUUAAAAAACACUAAUCCCAAUAAAAGCAUACUUUACUUUUUAAUAAGAAAUUGAUAUCAUCAAUAUUAUUACAUCAUUUAAUUCCAAAUAUUUAAAAAAAAAGAAGACAUUUUACAAAAUAAAAGAACUAAAUUUAAAGAAUUAAUUGAAAAAACAAUACAAGUAAUUCUCCCUGAUUAACAUCUAUGACCUAUUAUUUUUUAAAACUCCAGUCGUAUCUCAAUAAUCACCACGUUCUUCCUCAAAACUGAAAAAUAUAAAAAAAAAAAAAAAUCCAAUAUUUUGUUGGAAACUAUAAAGCUCAAA